AUGCGGCGGGCGAACCGCUCGCACAACCCACGUCCAUCCCGACUACCGAAGGGGGAAGAACCUCCCGGCAGACCGAGGCUACAGAGCACCGGUGAAGGCCCAGCCGUCACCCGUGCCGUGGAGGCUCCCGAAGAGGGUCGGGCUGUCGUAACCGCUUUCACUUGGACACAGUUCGCUCUCUGCCGAGACGGCUACCUCUCGCCCCAAGAUGCCGACUAUCUGAUUGACUACUUCUUCCGAUACAUGCAUCCGAUGUACCCGCUUGUCGAUCACAAGUAUUGCAAUAUUGCCAACAGGGCUCAGUUCGCUACCGAGGAAGCCUUCCUUUGCACCACCGUCCUUGCCAUCACUUCACGAUACGCCUGGCACCAAGCAAGCGCCUUCUCUGCAAGGGCAACUGAAGUCCAUGGAGCAUUGUAUCGACACGUGCAAUCAGAACUCCAGAGGUGUCUUUGGGGCUCUGGCCCGGAAAGAUACAGCGAGGCCAGGACACUGAGCAUCAUCGAGAGUAUUAUGCUGAUUGUCGAGUGGCGGCCGCGCUCCAUGGACAUGAUCACACCGCCCAAAGACAUCGUGGGUGACUAUGCUCUUGAGCAAUAUGGAUAUGCUGCUGCACCAACCACAGCCGACGUCUCCCUGGAAUCACAUGUGCGAACAGCUUGGGAUGCCUUCAAGGCGGUUAAUAUCACGUCAUGGCGACUCCUGUGCACGGCAGUCAAUCUUGCAGAUGAGAUUGGUUUGCACAGUGCGAUUACAAAAUUACAGCACACCCCGAGCCAAGCCCGCCAUGCACGUGUGCAAGAGUUCCUGGUAUCGCUUGUCUGGGAGAGGAGCUUUCGGCUUGGUCGCAGAUGCCAGCUCAGCCAUCCAGCCGACGGGUCCAAAGCAAUCGCGAACGCCCCGGACGGCCAAUUCCUCAACAAUAUCCUCGAGAGUAGGAUGGAACUCUACAGACUUACCCGCCUUAUCGAGAACACCUUGUACCCCAGUGCCCGCCAGACGGCCGAUCUGAUCGCCCGCGGAAACUACCAGACCGCGGUCGACGACUUCUCGGGCCUUUUGGCCGCAUGGAAAACACGCUUCGACCGCGUCAAAGCAUCGUCACCGCCUCUCGCGAAGCAUCUGGAAAUCAUGUGGCAGGGAACACGUGCAUUCCUCUACAGCAUAUCCCUGCGCGCCCUCCUCCGGGAGCGAUCCCUGCCGCCCAGCAGGCUCGAGUCGGGCAACAACGGCAACGGGCAAGGGGCAAGACCCCCACCUCGCAUGCUUCAGAUGGACCAGUCCAGCCGCCAGGACCACCACAUGGCCGAAGAGUGGCUCCAGGCUUCCGAAUCGGCCAUCGGUGUCGCGCUGGAGCUGCACCGCGAAGGCCUGUUGCGCCUCGCCCCGCUCAACGUCCUAUACCACGUCAUCGCCGCGUCCCUGGCGGUGCUCAAAGCCGAAAGGCUACCGCUUCGCACGACAACGGCCGAUCCGCGCCAUCUCCUGACCCAGCUCGUCCGUGCGCUGGAGGACUCGAGCGUCGACGACGCGCACUUCAGCGCGAGGUAUGCCGCGUGUCUCGAGAGCAUGAUGGGCUGCCUGGAGGAGGACCGGCGGCGUUGCGUUGCCCGAGCUCAUGGGGGCCCUGCUGACGAUGCCGCCGCUACGAACUCAUCCUCCCUCGACGGUGGCGGAGGCGACCCUACCGGCAUCGCCAUUCCUGGCUUCGAGACACCGUUUGGCGUGUUCGAAGGAGCCUCUCACGAUCAUCCUUCCUUUCUAGAUUGCAAUAAUGAGGAUUGGAGCAGGUGGUUAUCUUUCUGA